CUUGCAGUUGACGAUGGUCCGUCGGAAGCAAGCGCGGCCAAGGGGCCCGAGACAUGGAGACGACGACGCGCCCGCGAAAGCCUUGUCGUAUGCUGGCUGGCCGCGCGCUGCGAAGAAGCGCCGCCUGGCGACGAUGCCCAUCCGCGUCGACGUGCCGAUGCACUCGGCACCGAGCGACCUCUGCAUCCAUGUUGCAGUGCCACCGAGCAGCAAUGUCCCGGGCCGCGACGCAACAGCGGACCACAGCGCUACGUAUCGCCUCAGCCUCGUGCAAAGUGAUGCGCGAAACGGCGUGUACGACACGGUGUGUCUUGGCGAUGGCGAGCUGGUCGAGACAACGGCCGUGGGCCUCUCGCCGCCGAUCCUCACGGCGCUUGCCCACGUCGCAGCCGCCAACUACGUUUCGGUCGUCGUUUCGAUGCACCCUACAGUGCUGCACAUGUACGUGCACAUGGACGCCUACGCGACGCGCAAGCAGGCGGUGAUGGUUCAGCACAUGCGUCGCUUCAUGGCCUGGCUCCUCCUCGCAUCGAGAGACGAAUGGUCGUACCCAUACCUCUCCGAGCUCGAGGCCAUGACGACAUUCGCCGCUCCGCCGCUGAUACACCCGUCGCAGCUACUCGAGCAUAUCGUGCCAUGCCCGUUCUCGGCGGCGGGCGACGCCUAUGUCCCGAGUCCGUAUCUCCUUCCGACGCUGCGCCGAUACCAGCGCGCCGCCGUCGCAUGGAUGCUGGAGCGCGAAGCUGGCGCCGAUCCCAAUGGUGCGCUUGCUACGUUGCAGACGACGUAUGCCACGCACCUCGGGACCUCGAUGGCGUACGACCCCUUCGCAGCCGCGUUCGUCACGCCGGGCACAGCACCGACUACCUUCGUGCACGGCGGCGUCCUUGCCGAUGAAAUGGGCUUGGGCAAGACGCUGCAAGUGCUCGCGUGCAUCUUGUCGCACCCGUGCUUGAUGCCACUGACCGUGUUGGCGGCGGCGCCACCACGCGCGUGGCCGAGUAAUGACGUGAGCUGCGUGUGCAACUCGAGCGCGAUGCACAGCGCGGGAUUUGUCCGCUGCACAUUGUGUGGCAUUCUCCAGCACCGCAUCUGCACUGGCGCGGACGCUGACGAGACGUUCCACUGCGAAGCGUGCUUGCGCGUCGCCCAGCCGCUCUGGCACACCAAGACGACUCUGAUCGUGUCGCCCCAGUCGAUCCACAAGCAGUGGGAGGCCGAGGUGCUCCGGCACACGACGCCUGGCGCCGUCACCAUCUACUGCUAUAGCGGCAUCAAGGCCAUGCGGGCGCGUCUUCGUGGACCGUCGUCCGAGUGGCAGUACUGCCGGGCACCGGUCCUCGCUGCGUUUGACCUUGUCUUGGCCACGUACGAAGCGCUGCGCGAUGACGUGCACUACAUUCGGAACGCCGACGCCCGACGUUUGCGCCAGGCCAAGCACUACCGCAUCGCGGCGAGUCCGCUCACGCAUCUCUGCUUUUGGCGCGUCUGCCUCGACGAAGCACAGCUCGUCGAGAGCCAGCAAACGCAAGCGGCCGUGAUGGCGUCGCAUCUCUCAAUGCAGCACCGGUGGUGGGUCACCGGCACGCCCUUUGGCAAGAGCAUGGCCGACGUGCACGCGACGUUUGCCUUUCUGCGCGUCCCGCCUUUGGACGCCAAGGAGAUUUGGCGCCAGCUGACGCCGCAUGACCGCCUCGUGAACGCGCUCCAGGCGCUCGUUUGGCGCAACCGCAAGUGCAAUGUCGACGAUCAGAUCGUAUUGCCGCCGCAGACGACGCGAUUCCACUGGCUGGAGCUCUCGAGCAUCGAGGCGCACUUCUACGAGACACAGCACGCCGCAUGCACCCAGAGCUACGCGGUCGGCGACGAUGUGACACCCGGUAUGCUCCAGACCCUCUUGCGCUUGCGCCAAGCCUGCUGCCACCCGCAACUCGGCGCGCACGGCAUCCGCAUGCUCCAGUCGGGCGGGCGUGUGCUCACCAUGGACGAGAUUCUGGACGAAAUGCUCCUUUACGCAACGCGGGCUUGCGAAGACGCGCAGCGGCUCUGGAUCGCUGCGACCAACGGCCUCGCCGGCAUCGACGCCAUUGAGCACGACGCGGGUGCCGCCAUUGCGCGCUACUGCGACGCGAUAGCUCUUGUGCAAAUCCACUGGAAGGACUUUCGGGCGGACGUGCUGCCGCGACUGCACAUGGCCGUCAACCUCGAGCGACGGCUCGUCGAUUUGGUGCCUGCAGCAUCGCCGACUGCCGAUGCGUCCGUGUCUCCGUGCAUCAACGCCAAGGACGAGCACGGCCUUCCUUCGCUUGCUUCGCUGCAGGCGUGCAUGCGCCCAGAGCGGCGCGAAGACGAUGGGGUGCUGGCGUGUCUUGAGGCGAAUCCGUCAGUCGUGUCUGCAACAGCAACGGCGCUGGCUGCGUCGGCACGCCAACUGGAGCACUACUACUUGAGCACAGCGACGGCGCAGCACGACGCUGCCCAGCACAAGUACAUGCAGGCACAUGGCAACGUCGACGCGCGUCGCUUCUCGGCGGCACCGCUGGCGACCAUUUCAAACGCGCGACUGGACCGGCUUUGCGCCUCGUGGCUGGGGCGUUCGGACGGCUACCAACGAUUUGCGCGCAAGUUUACGUCGACCGCCGGGCUCGUCAUUGUCGCGUCGUCGGCGCUCGAAGACUUUGCGAGACGCCGUACUGAGAUGCACGACGCGCUGGUCCACCUCAGUGCCGCCACGCCAUCCCCACGUGACGUGGCACGCUCCGGCAACUGCCAACGCUGUCGGCAAGACCGGUACGGCCCCGUGUGCGACCACUGCAAACUGCAGCCGUCGCUCGAUUCGCUGCAGGCAACGCUCGUAGACGACGGCGACAUGGCCGUGCUCUUGCAGGUGCUCGACGAGAUGCAGCAUCAUGACAACAGCCUGCUCUCUGCUGUCCGCAAGGAAGUGGCGUGCGCCGCCAAGCUCUGGCAAGCGCAGCAUGCGCGGCUUGGCGGUCUCGACGAACUCGCCAUGGCCAAGACCACCAUGACACUGUCGACCAACGCCAACCACGGGACGGUAUCCACACCGUCCGCUGCGAUCAACGAGCUCCACGCGUACGAGCUGCCCGGAAGGCGGGUGACGCUCGAUGUGGAGCGCGCCGACGCCCACGCGACGCUACGUACUGCGCUCAGUCAGCUCCGGUACCUUCGACACCUGCAACAGCACCGCGUGACGUCGUCCUCGCGCCGCGACGACUGCGUCGUGUGCCACGAGGAGCUUCCGAUCGAGCACGCCAUGUGGUCGUGUGCUCACGUCUUGUGUCGUUCGUGCACGCAAGCGAUGAUGCGGCCGGCGCGACGCGCGCUCUGUCCGACCUGCCGCUGCCCCAGCACCGCUGCGUCGAUUCAACUGGUUCGAGACGAGCCGCUGCGCAUCGGACCCGAGUGCGGUACCAAGGUCGACAGCAUCGUCCGCUGCAUCCGUAGUCUGGGCGACGUGCGCGUACUUCUCUUUUCCCAGUGGCCGUCCAUGCUGCGCAUUCUCUCGACAGCCUUGCAGGAGGCCGGCGUCCACUGCCUUUACCCCGAGACUAAGAAGGACUUUGAGAAGGAACUGCAAGCGUUCAAGGCAUCGACGACGUCGGCGUGUGUGCUCGCAUUGCCUUUUCGACACGGCGCCAACGGCCUCAACCUCGUCGAGGCGUCGCACGUCGUCUUGGUCGAGCCGCUUCUGAACGGGUCGGUGGAGCGGCAGGCCAUUAACCGCGUCCAUCGUCUCGGGCAGGAAAAGCCGACAACUGUUCACCGCUUCAUUGUGCAGCACUCGAUUGAGGAAGGGAUUUUGGCGCUGCAGGCCCGCGACGCCAACACGCCGCUGCACGCAACCGAGGUGGUCUCGGCAACCGACUGGCGCCUCCUUCUACAGCAGGAGCAUGCCGAGAUGAACGACGGAUUCUGGUCGGCGCCGAUGGGUGGUCCGACGCGCCAGCAAGUCAAGGACCGCUUGGAACGCGCGAGAUCGUUUGAGCUGCGGGCCACCGACGCCCGCCUCGUCGACGAGCCAACGCUCGUUGUCUGUGGCGUAUCGGUCAACGUGCACGUCGCUGCGCAGCUGCUACGAGGUACGCCACGUGUCAGCAUGGUCGUCAAGCAUCUCUUGGCGGUGUAGACUGCAGCGCUGUCGAUGAAGA